CAAGCUCCACCUCUCUGUCACUGGCAUCUCCAUGUGCCCCAAUGACUGCAUGUGGUGUGGCUCCACACCCCAAUUUCCCUCUCCUCUCCUCUUAAAAACCUCCCUCUCCUCUCCACCAUUGUCCACACACAUAAAAAAAGGCAAACCAAAAUACCUACUCCACAUCUAACUAAUUCUACACCAGCUUAUAUAUUUAUACACACACACAUCUCCAUCUCCACAUCUCCAUUUCCAUUUCAGAGAGAGAGAGAGAGAGAAGGCCAAUCUUACUACCCCAAUUCCAUCCCCCUUUGCAUAUUCUCACUCACUCUCAAGUCUCAACUCAACUCAUCAAGAUAUCAUCAUCAUCAGAGAGGUUGUAGAAGCUACCUAGCUAGCUAGCUAGCCAAAAGAGAUAUCUUUCAGAAGAAAGGAAGGAAGAAGAAGAAGAAGCAAUGAGCAGUGGUGGUGGCUCCUCUCCAACAUCAUCCCCUUCUGUCUGCUCCAGAUCAUGGUCUAUAAGUGAGGAUUCGUUGAAGAGGUACGUGAGCUACGCGAGCGAGAGCUGCAUCCAGGAGCUCCUCGCCGCGUCGGACUCCGGCGGCGGCGGCGGCGGCGGCGACGAUGGGUGGAAGGUGCUCGCGUACUGCAACGGCGUGGAGAUAUCGAAGCGGCGGGCCGGGGCGGCGCACGUCUUCCGGAGCCGGUGGCUGCUGCACGCCGUCUCGCCGGGGAAGUUCAUGGCCGUCGCCAACGCCGUCGACGCCGCCAAGCAGUGGGAGUCGGACCUGGUGGACGCCCGGUACAUCAGGGAGCUGGGCGACGACCUGAGCAUCGUCCACCUCAAGCUCGGCGCCGACGCCUCCAAGCGCACCGCCGGCCUCUUCCGCCGCCGCGACGUCGUCGUCUACGAGCGCCGCCAGACCAUGGACGACGGCACGCUGGUGGUCGCCGUGGCGUCGCUGCCCAAGGAGAUCGCCGCGGGCCUCCUGCCCCCCGGCUCCUCCUCCGGCGCCCGCGGCGCCGGCCUGCUGCUCCAGUCCGGCUGGGUCGUCGAGAAGCUCGACGCCGGCGACGGCGGCGACGGCCCGCCCUGCUGCGUCGUCACCUACGUCGUGCAGCUCGACCCCGCCGCCGGGUGGCUGCCCCGGUGCUUCGUCAGCCGGCUCAACAGCAAGCUCGUCAUCAUGAUCGUCGCCAAGCUCAAGAAGAUGGCCCUCGCCACCAUGCACUCCGCCGCCGCCGACGACGGCGAGGUGAUGCCAUGAGUUUAGUUAGGAAGGAGAGAGAUCAUCUGGAUUAAUUAAUUCCGGCGAUCGAUCGAUGUGGCACUGUGGCUACAAGCUCGCCGUCGUCGUCGUCUUCGUACGUGAGUAAAUACGAUUUUGUAGAAGAGUGUGGUGUUGCGUGUGUGGAGGUGUUAUUUGUGACAUGCGUCGCUUGCAUGACAUGCGUUUCAGCAUCUCUCUAUAUAUAAAUAUGAACUUUGAGAGUGAGAA